AUGGCGGAUAUCCAAGAGAAUGAAGCGGUCACAGAACUGGGACCAGAUAAUGUCCUGUUUGUCAAGACGGACGUGGCAUCGUGGGAGCAGCAACGCGCUCUCUUCACACGGGCAGAUGAAUGGGCAGGCAGCCAGGGGCUGGCGUUUCUAGCUGCCAACGCAGGCCUUUCGGAUCCGCCCGGGUCUUUGGACGGUCUCGUUGGAAAGGCAAAAGCAGACGAGGUUGUUACACCGCCAACGGUUGAUCCCAUCCAAGUCAAUCUUCUCGGUGCGAUCUACUCGCUGCAGCUUUUCGCGCAUUUUGUGCGUAAACGCGGCCGUGCAGGCAAGGCGGUGUUGACCUCGUCGGGCGCUGGCAUCUACCCCAUGCCGAGCCAUCCUGCAUACGCAGCUUCAAAACACGCAAUCGUUGGCUACACCAGAAGCAUUGCGCCCAGCUUGAAGCCUGACUCCAUAGCCGUCAAUGCCAUCCUGCCCGGAUUUACACCGAGCAAUAUGACGGCUCCGCUCCUGGGUGUCAUCCCAGACCAAUACGUCACGUCUUUGGACACCAUGGUAGCCGCCUACGACGUAUUUCUCGACGACGAUUCGCAAAUGACGGGCCAGGUUCUGGAAGUGUCGGCCAGCAAGAAGUGGCAUUUCCGGGACCAUCCGACGUACCCGGACGAGGAAAUUAGGUGGCUCAACGAGGAAAGUGCAGGGUUCUUUGCCAAAGUCUUUGGCCUUGCGUAA